UGUACUUAUUUAGGAAACACUGUAUAUUCGUGCACAAUUAUUAGAUACUAAAAAUAUUUUAAAAAAUUGUAUUAUAAUGUAAAUUAAAUCUCAAAUAAAAAUGUAGUGUUCUUUCAGAGAGACAUUUCAUGUCGGGAAAUGCAGUAGAAUGAUUUGACUAAUAUGAGAAAAACCGAGGCGACAUUAUAAUUGGCCAUAUGCAACCAGAACGCGCCUUAUCGGCACUAAAAAUAAGAAGAUAAGCGAGACACAAAGAAGAGAUUGUAAAGAAGCACAAUCAAAAGUCAAAACAAGACGUAGAAUUAGUGAUAAUCAAAGAUGUCGAUUGCUUUGCUCAUAAACUGUUGCAUUAUCGCGUUGCUGAUACUCGCAAGCGAAACUUAUGCAAACCCCACUUUACGAAAGGAUGAAGAAUUUACUAUCGGAAUCGUUCACACGAAUGACAUGCAUGCGAGAUUCGAAGAGACGUCGCAAUUAUCGACAACGUGUACGCCGCAGGACUCCGCUGCCAGGAAGUGUUACGGAGGUUUUGCCAGAAUCGCGACUUUAGUCCGCCAAGCGAAAUCGAAAUCGUCGUCGACGAUCUUUCUAAAUGCCGGCGACACUUAUCAAGGGACCGCCUGGUACAACGUAUACAAGUGGGAAGCGGUGGCUUGGUUCAUGAAUCUCUUACAGCCAGACGCAAUAUCCUUGGGCAACCACGAAUUCGACGACGGCGUCAAAGGUCUAAUACCCUUUAUACAAAACGCCUCAUAUCCUAUUCUGGCGGCGAAUCUGGAUCUUGCCGAACAACCGGACCUGGCCGCCACCAAUCUGAAAAACAGCACGAUUCUCGAAGUCAACGGCAACAAGAUCGGCGUGAUUGGUUAUCUCACAAAGGAGACGAAGAUCCUGUCGUCUACGGAAAAUGUGAUUUUCAAGGACGAGGUGGAGUCCAUCCAGCGUGAAGCUAAAAGGCUGAAAGAGCAGGGUGUCGACAUUCUCAUCGCUCUGGGUCAUUCGGGCUACGAGAUCGAUAAGAAGAUCGCCCAGGAAGUCGAGGAUAUCGAUCUGGUGAUCGGCGGUCACACUAACACCUUUCUGUAUCACGGCAAACCGCCGGAUGUUGAGGCACCGGAAGGUUUCUAUCCUACAGAGGUGACGCAGAAGAGCGGCAGAAAGGCUUAUGUUGUUCAGGCGUAUGCCUACACCAAGUACCUGGGUAACUUCUCCGUCAACUUUGACGCUAGAGGAGAGGUAACAUAUAUCGAGGGAAACCCGAUUCUUGUGGACGCCACUGUGGAGCAGGCGAAGGAUGUUCUAAAAUUGAUAGAUGAUAAGAGAGGACCCAUUGAUGAUUUGGAACGGAAAGUCAUCGGACAGACACGAGUACUCAUCGACGGAGACAGCAAGAAUUGCAGACGACAAGAAUGCAACAUGGGAAAUUUAAUCUGCGACGCUAUACUUGAUUACUAUGCCAGGGAAUACUUGAACAAAGACGGAUGGACGGAUGCUGCCAUCGCGAUCGUAAACAGCGGCAGCAUUAGAACGUCCAUCACCAGAGCGAGAAAUGAUCAGGUCACCCGGAAAGAUAUUAUAAGCGUUUUGCCCUUCGGGAAUGUCGUUGUUAAGGCUUCCGUAACAGGGAAACAGAUCCUUUCGAUGUUAGAAUGGAGCGUUCAUAAUCUCGACAACUUAACUUCCACCGGCAAUCUAUUCGGCGCUUUUCUACAAUAUUCGGGAUUACAGGUGACAUAUAACACAAACCGACCACCCAACUCAAGGGUAGUUUCCGUUCAAGUACAAUGCGCCGCUUGUCGAGUACCGACAUAUAGCAAACUCCAACAAAAUCUCACCUAUAAUAUCCUCAUAAAUGAUUUCCUUGCAAAGGGCGGAGAUGGUUUUCAUAUGUUGGAGAACAUUAAAACAAUCCCGCUGAGUAUUACUAUGGCGGAUGUAUUGGAGCGAUAUUUCAAUAAACACAGUCCGGUAUAUCCAGGCGUGGAGUGGAGAAUUUCGUACGUAGAUACAAUGUACAUAGAUAAUCUCGGGACGACGUACCGACCGAUUGGGAUGACAAUUCUUUUACCAAUCAUUACUUGGCUAUUGAUGACAUAAAGGAAAUGCUAUUAAUUUAAUAUGAUUAAAUAUCAACUUGUGACUAAAUGAUUAUAAUUAAACAGAUUAUAUCUCGAACUUUUUA